GCGGUAAAUACAUGCUUAAGAUUCUUACAGACUUGCUCCACUACUACUACCACUGUCCUUGUUCAGAACAAAAUAUUCUUAACAUAUUGAAUAUGAACAGAACAGAGAUAUCCCAUUUAGCUUUUCCCCAUAAAAGGAGAAUGUCCAUUUGGGCAGCACCCCUGAUUCCCGUUCGCAACGUUUAUUUCUCGGACGUUACACAACAGAAUGAUUUGGUUUUCUAGUACAUGGAUAGUAAAUAUCUGUAGCUUUCUAGUGAUGUACCAAAAUUCAGCUGAGGCUGAGUUGCCUUGCGGACGGGCAUAGGGGGUGUUACCCUAAUGAUCCUACUCCCUACCUAGUGCUCGCUUAUUAUCUAAUGCUUGUGGAGAAGAAACUUGUCCAUCAUUCAGAAUUAUUCCAUGUCCGAACCCUCUCAGCAUCCGCUAUCUGAAGCACACGAGCUCACUCAGCCGAAUGUCGUUUCAUUUUUCGUGCUGCCAUUAGGGUGCUCGCACAUUCUUGCUUGGGAAGGUUUGAAAUAAAAUUGAGUCGAAUAAACGAAUGCUCGUAUGUAAUAGACUUCACCGUAGCGACCGUAUACCGAUGGAGGAAGAAAGCAGAAGUAGAAGUGGCCAAAUUGAAUUUAAAUGGAAUGAAAUCAAAAUUAAUUGAAUCAUACUCCCUCAUGGAUUAGGCGAUAGAAUAAACGCAGGCUGGAAAUAAAUGUGCCGAAUUAUCCAUCGCCUCUACAUACUAAAAAGUGUAAAAAUAAUGUAGUGAAAUAAAGUGUUCUAAUGUUCAUCAAUAUAUGUAAAACAUGGAUAAAUAACCGCCGCAAAAAUACCGACUAUUUCCGAGCUUAUUGGAAAUCGAGCCAACAGGGGAGGUGUUCACACGUCACGCGUUCUCAAAAGUGAAAUUUAAAUCAUAAAUCUGUGACACGGAAUGUGCUAUUUAUAAAUAUGAAUAAAUGUGUAGUGCAGCAGCAACGGUUUGGCAUAAAAUGAAGCAGUUAGUGCAGCAAUCCAUCAGAAGUUAGUGUAAAAUAUUGCUUCCUAUACGACGACAACAACGAAAAAUACUGCUAGGUGUACGAGAAGAAAAUGUUGGUUAAAUAGGCCGAAGAGGAUAGCGGAGGGUGGAAUAAAACUUCUCCGCAACGGACGGAUCAUUGAUGUGAUCCUGUCGUUGGCGUUCACUGUAUUUGUGUCGUUGGGAUUCAGCCAAAAUGACGAUGCAAUCGAUGAAAUAUAACGAUUGUGAUACAAUCAUGGAUGGAUACAAUCCUGUGCCCCCUCCAUUGCCGAGGCGGGUUCCUCCGGUGAGGAAUAUUUAUGCAGAACCAUUUGCUACAGAAACAAACACGAACAGGUUUCACAUAGAUAAAAGAUGUCAGCACCGAUGCUCUUGGAAGUGUUUUAGUAUUGCCUUAAUUUUAUUGUCCGUGAUACUAACUGCAAUGCUGGCGUAUUUUGCAGCGACGAGUUCGAUGAAGACGAAUAUAGACUCAACCAAUUGUAUAUUGGUGCAGGAUGUAAAAUCUAACGCACAAGACCAGAUCACUUCGGAUUCCGCAAGCGCAACAAGUAAUCUUGGAACAGUGGCAGGUAUUGUUGGUAGUAACGGGGGAUCGACAAUGAUGCCCACGGAAGAAUCCCUUCUAACAAGUACAGUCGAUCACAAAAGUUCUACGACAAUGAAUAAUUAUGGUAAUAUGCACAGCAGUUUAUCACAGUUCAAUUAUCAGGACCAACAGUUACAGCAGCAGCAGGCACAAGAUCAGCUAAUGUCCUCAGUAGUCGCCCAAAAAUGGCCGGCUAUAGUAGAAUUGAAAAAUUAUAAUGAGCUAUAUCGUGCAAGUAUUCCACCAUUUCAAUUCUGGAACGCAGAGUUCCGCAACAAACAUCCUGCAUUCAUUCAAUUCAAUUUCACAUUACCAUGGGGUGCCAAUUUUGCCGUGUACGGUAGACGGAAUGUAGGGCCAAGCAUAACGCAGUAUGAUUUUGUAGAAUUUAUAAAAGGCGGAAGAAUAGACCACCGGUUACGAAGGAAGCGGAGCCUUUUGAAUGAUGGAGGAUUUGCACAACAUCCACUGGAAACGAUAAGCAGUUUCGAGGAAAACCAUGAGCCACAAUCUUCUUUCGAAAUUCGCCGGAGUAACGAAUUUGCGUUUGCUGAUCUUAAGCUUGAUGAUGUUGAUCAACAUAUUAUAUCGAAACGAUCAGCGGACAACGAAAUGCCAAAACUGGACAUGGAAUCGAUGACAGUCAACGUUACGAUCUUGCAGUAUUUAGACGUCGGACGGUGGUUCCUGUCGGUAUACAAUGAUGAACUUUUGCCGCAUACCCUUUCUUUGAUUAUUGGUGAAGCUGAAGGUAUUCGCACAACUUGUCCCAAUGACUGCUCUGGCAGAGGGUCCUGCUAUUUGGGAAAAUGUGAUUGCAUUGAUGGUUAUCAAGGACCUGACUGUUCAAUUAGUGUGUGCCCUGUAUUAUGUUCAUCCCAUGGGCAUUAUGGUGGUGGAGUGUGCCAUUGCGAAGAAGGAUGGAAAGGUUCAGAAUGUGACAUACCGGUGUCUGAAUGCGAGCUACCCAGUUGUUCAAACCACGGACGUUGCAUCGAAGGCGAUUGUCACUGUGAACGAGGCUGGAAAGGAUUAUACUGCGAGCAACCGGACUGUAUCGAUCCAUCAUGUUCUGGACACGGUACAUGUGUAUCAGGCCAAUGUUACUGUAAAGCUGGUUGGCAAGGAGACGACUGCAGCAUAGUUGAUCAACAAGUCUAUCAGUGUCUUCCUACGUGUUCUGACCAUGGUACUUACGAUCUCGAGACGGGAUCUUGUGUAUGUGACCGUCACUGGACAGGAGUUGAUUGCUCUCAAGCUGUAUGUAGUCUCGAUUGUGGUCCAAACGGGAUUUGCGAAUCAGGACGAUGUCGAUGCAAUUUGGGAUGGACUGGCAGUCUAUGUGAUCAAUUGACUUGUGAUACAAGAUGUGCAGAGCAUGGCCAAUGUAAAAAUGGAACUUGCGUUUGCUCGCAAGGAUGGAAUGGAAGACAUUGCACGCUCCCUGGGUGCGAAAACGGAUGCUCUCGCCACGGACAAUGUACAUUAGAGGAUGGCGAAUAUCGUUGUGUAUGUGUUGAAGGUUGGGCAGGAAAUGAUUGUUCUAUUGCAUUGGAGAUGAGUUGCAAAGAUAAUAUUGAUAAUGAUAACGAUGGUAUGACUGACUGUUCUGACAGCGAAUGUUGUACACAUCCGAUAUGCGGAGAACACAUAAUGUGUUUGGCGUCUAAUGAUCCUGUAGAGGUACUUCUUCGAAAACAACCCCCGUCAGUCACUGCUUCUUUCUACCAGAGGGUGAAAUUUCUCAUUGAAGAAAACUCGGUCCAGUCAUAUGCUCACAUGGAUGAAUAUAGUGAAAGUGAGUUCUGGAACUCUUUUACACCGUGCCGUGUGUCUGUAAUGAGAGGCCAAGUAGUGACGCCGCAGGGUCUUGGCAUUAUUGGGAUUCGCGUAUCAGUUGACCGUGAUUCGAGAUUCGGAUUCACAUUAACGCGGCAAGGUGGAUGGUUCGAUGUUUUGGUAAACGGAGGUGGAGCCGUAACAUUGCAAUUUCAAAGAUCACCUUUUCGUCCAUUGACACGCACUGUUUUUGUGCCAUGGAAUCAGAUUGUAGUGCUUCCACCUGUACAAAUGCAAAUCAGUGACGAGGAUGACCAGUCUCGAUUAGCGAUCAAACCAAUUCCAGCAAAUCCAGCAUACAGCUUUCUUAGUACGUCACAGUAUCGAUUUUUAGAAGAUAACCCAUCGCCAGUGGCAAUAUGUCUCGAGCAUGAUCACGAGUUGCUGAGACCUCAACUUACCAGCACAUGGAUGCCCAAUGGUGUGGGAUCCGUUCCAGGGAAGAGCAUAAUUUUUGCAGAAACUCAGAUCGUACAAGAAUCUAUACAGAUCCCAGGUUCCGACUUACAUCUUACAUAUCAAACGUCACAGGCAUCAGGAUACAAAAGUAUAGUGCGUAUGCAGUUAACACAUGAAAAAAUACCAGAAACCCUCACCCAUGUGCAUAUAGGAGUACAGAUAGAAGGAUCUCUACAUGUUAAAACAUAUGAAGCCGACCCCAACUUAAGCUACAUUUUUGCGUGGAACAAAAGGAACGUUUACAAACAAAAAGUCUAUGGAACUGCAGUGGCCAGGAUUUCCAUAGGCUAUCAGCAUUCAACAUGUAAGGACAUUGUUUGGGAAACUCAAACGGCAAAACUGCAAGGGUUUGAGGUUGAUAUAUCUGACAUUGGCGGAUGGGGAUUGGAUGUACACCACCACUAUAAUUUCCAUGAGGGCAUCUUGCAAAAGGGAGACGGAACAACGUUGCAUUUCAAAGAGUAUCCAAGAAUCGUUAAGCAAGUAAUGGGCGAUGGUCAACAACGUCAAUUGAGCUGUAAGGAGCAUUGCAAUGGUCUGUCCAAGCAUGCUAGACUGCUGACGCCAGUCGCUCUUACAUCCGGCCCCGAUGGAAGUCUUUAUGUUGGAGAUUUUAACCUUGUACGACGUAUAACUACCAACGGCAGUGUGUUCACCGUUCUUGAACUAGAAACAACUCAGGUGGCUUACCAAUAUUAUUUGAGUGUUUCACCGGCAGAUGGCCAUCUUUAUAUUUCUGACCCAGAAAAACACAAAAUUUUGAGAGUUGUGCAACAUGAGAAUGUUCCCGACCCUACAGCUAACAGUGAUGUAGUCGUUGGAAGUGGUCAACGUUGUAUUCCUGGCGAUGAAGAAAACUGUGGCGAUGGAGGGCCAGCUAAACAAGCACGAUUAUCUCACCCGAAAGGAAUUGCCAUUGCAGCCGAUAAAACAAUGUACAUAGCUGAUGGAACCAACAUAAGAGCAGUGGACCCGAAAGGAAUUAUUCAUACUUUGAUAGGACACCACGGACAUCAUAACCAUUGGAGUCCGGCGCCAUGUCGUGGAGCACUGCUCGCCACUAGAGCUCAACUGCAAUGGCCAACGGGUCUUGCGCUCAAUCCACUUGAUGGUUCACUCCAUUUUAUUGACGAUCGACUAGUGCUGAAACUAACUGCCGACAUGAAAAUAAAAGUGGUGGCCGGCGUCCCACUGCAUUGCAAUGGCAAUGAUGAACACAAUAGGACAAAUUCAGAUGAUGUGCUAGGCACGGUGGUGGCAAUGGCCUUUGCUCCUUCCGGCGAUCUCUACGUCGCUGACACGGAUUCGCGGAGAAUAAAUACAAUACGUGUGGUUGAUUCUACUGGAAAUAUGCGCACAUUUGCUGGUAGAUUGGAGAACGGGAUGCAAACAUGUGAAUGCAAUAACGGUAACAAUAGUACUUAUCAGAACAGCAAUAGCGAUAAACAUAGCACAAUAACACCAGUAAUGAUGAAUCCUACUGGUGGGUCUACUAUGCCUCAAAAUCCCUCAGUAAUGAUGAUGAUGACUGGAUGCUCGUGUAAUUAUGGAAACAGCUAUGUCCCCGCUAUAAAUAUCAACAAGAACCGAAAAGAAGAUCUGUCUGCAGUGCAAUCAGAAACGGUUUUAUCUUCCAACGUCAAAUUCCAAGCAGUAUCAGCGAUUGCCAUUGCACAAGAUGGAUUCAUUAACAUAGCAGAUCAGGGCUCACUUCGUAUCGUGACACUUCAACACUAUCUGCCUCAACACGAUACAAAUGGAGAGUUUCAAAUACCUUACACACCGACAAACGAAAUGUAUGUGUUCAACCGCUAUGGACAACAUGUCGCUACAAAGGAUUUGUCUUCUGGAAGAACGCGAUACUCAUUUUUAUAUUCCAAGAAUACAAGUUUCGGCAAGCUUUCGACAGUUACCGACAGCUCAGGUAACAAGAUACAAUUCUUGCGAGACUACAGUAACGUUGUUAGUUCAAUCGAAAAUUCGCAAGAUCACAAGUCAGAGUUGAAAAUUUCUUCCAACGGAAUGCUGACAAAAAUUAUUGAACGAAAAGGAAAGUCAGAGCUUCAGUUUGAUUACGACAGUAAUAGCGGUUUGCUCCUCAGUCGGACCGGGAAUGGCGAAACGUUCAUAUAUCAGUACGAUGAAUAUGGCCGUGUAACAAAGGCCAUAUUACCUAGCGGAGAAGCCUUCGUAGUAACAACAGUAUUGGGUGACAAGAAUGAUGACUUGGGAGUACAGAUUAACGAGAGCAUUCACUCGCACUUUGCCCAAGAACCUGCAUCGCCAACAGUAUUCUGCUUGACCAGUGGUAUCAAAAAUGCUGUCAUCGCGAAAGACACAGAAAAAAUGAAUGCUAAAAUAAGCCAUAUUAAUAGUACACUUACAAUUACACGCACCGAUGGAAUCAUUAUAGAAUCGUCCGCCGUAGCUGCACAUCCAUACUUAGAAAAAAUAAUGCCAAUCGAAGCGGAGAUGUUGCCAAUGUGGUCUCAUCAGACAGUAAAAAUGGGCGAAAAUUUAAUCAAUUCGAUGUACUCCAAGUAUCACUACAUAACUAAGGAAAAUAAUCGUGUACCUCGGCAAAGAUUCAGCCGUGAAAUUUAUGUAAACAACACCCGAGCAAUUCAAAUUGACUACGAUCAGUUACAGAACAGAGAAACAUUUUUGAACAAAUACGACGAGAUUAUUCUGACAGUAUUAUACGAUCAAUCUGGUUUGCCUAUCUCAUAUUACCCUGGCGGAGAAAAUAGUCAUUUUAAUCCUCUUAACAUAACGUAUGAUCGUUUCAAUCGUGUUGAAGGUUGGCAAUGGGGGCCAGCCGAGAUGAAGUAUAAUUAUGAUAUGAACGGCUUGCUUUCAGAAGUGACCAGUCAACAAGAUGGCAUCAUACUUUACUCUUACAACGAAUUGAACUUAUUGUCAGAAAUUUCGCUAGGAAGUCAACGCAAAUUUAAACUAUCCUACGACGGUAGUGGAGGUUUACGUCACAUCACUCUACCAAGUGGUACCAAACAUUCCUUCAGCUUCCAGCCUUCUAUCGGUUUCGUGAGAUUCACCUAUACCCCACCUGGUAACAAUAAGCCAUACCUUCAACACUAUUCCUAUUCUGGUGCACUUUUGCAAACCAUAUAUCCUGGUGAUGGAGCACGAGUUAUCUAUCGUUAUAACGCUGCUAAUCUUGUGUCGGAAAUAGUUCACGGUGACGGUCGUAGCGAGUUUAGUUACACGGCAACUUCCAGUAUGCCAUCGGCCGUCGUACACACAGAACGAGAUUUAGAAUACCGUUGGGACUUUGAUUACGUCGGAGGUUUGCUAAUGGAAGAAAGAAUAGACUUCUCUGCUAAAACAGGACUAUCGAACGCCAAAUUCAGCUAUGAAUACGACAACCAUUUCCGUUUAAUAUCAAUUCAAGGGCGAAUUGGGGGACAAAACCUACAAAAUCAAAUUCUGGAAUACAGAAAAACUGGUAGCUUAUCUCAGAUAGGGCCAUUCAAGGUAACUAAUAUAGCAGCCAACCAAACUACCGUUGGGGAUGGCACAGCUACUUUUUCCAGAACCAUUAAUGGCCGCUUCUUAGAAACGCUUAUCACGGUGAUGAUUCAUCGCAUGGCAGUAUUCCGAAUGGAGUUUACUCACGAUAUGCAUGGAAGGAUUUCUCAAACACGCACAUACACUCGCAACGUAGGUGUCAAUACAUACACAAACGUGAAAAACUACACCUGGGACUGCGAUGGGCAGUUGAUCGGCGUCGAAGCACAAGAACCUUGGGGAUUCCGAUACGAUGACAAUGGAAACAUGCUCUCGCUAACGUACAGAGGUAAUACGAUUCCAAUGGAAUACAGUAGUACAGAUCGAAUUUUGAAGUUUGGCGAGGGUCCGUACAAAUACGAAGCACGUGGAUUGGUGGCACAAAACGCUCGCGAAGAACGCUUCCACUACAACACACAAGGACUCCUGAUAAGGGCAACUAAGCGGGGACGUUUCGACGUGCGCUACUAUUACGAUCACCUGAAUCGAAUGAUUACCCGAAAGGAUAACUUCGGAAAUGUUACUCAAUUUUUCUAUAACAAUCAAGACCGGCUAAAUGAAGUAAGCCAAAUCUACUCCCCCCGGGAUGGCAAGCUGAUGUCGCUUACUUACGACGACCGCGGUCAUUUGAUAUUCGCGCAGGUGUACCGACACAAGUACUACAUAGCAACGGACCAGUGUGGUACGCCCGUAAUGAUGUUCAAUCAGUAUGGGGAAGGAAUUCGAGAGAUUAUGCGUUCUCCCUACGGACAUAUCGUUUACGAUUCGAAUCCGUAUCUGUACAUGCCGAUUGACUUCUGUGGAGGAAUUCUAGAUCAGGUUACAUCUCUAGUUCACAUGCCAGACGGAAAAGUUUACGACCCCUUGAUUGGACAAUGGAUGACGCCCAAUUGGGAAAAUGUAGACAAGCACAUAAACAACCCAACACGACUGCAUCUUUAUCGCUACAAUGGAAACGAUCCCAUCAACCGAGAUCACACUCGUGAUCAUCCCAAUAAUCACUUGGAUUGGAUUAAGCUAUUAGGAUACAACAUACAGAGUCUGAUUCCACAAACCAACGAUCGAUUAUAUUCACAGAACAAUCCUUGGAGUCGAACACACACGUCACUAGUUACACCACAAAUAAUGCAACGCAUUCGUUAUCCAGACCCGGUUCUUAUAGAGUCUGGAUUUUUGUCAUAUCUCGCUAUGCGAAAAAUCAAAACAGCCCAAGAUCUAACCAAUCCUCCCAGAUCCGCCCUGAAGUCCGAUGCUUUGAAUAUAAGCCCGCACCGAAUCGGAGCAGCGUCGGAUCCUCCAUUUGGGAAAGGAAUUAUUGUGUCGCGUACGCUUGAAGGUCAGGCGAUUGUCUCCAGUGUUCCCGCUGCUAAUCCAAUCUAUCGUGAUGUCUACACGUCAGUGUUCAACCGAACACGAUUACUACCGUUCACAUUUGUUGUACAUAAUUCCCUCCAGGACGCUUUCUUCUUCGUGAAAGAAGACUCGUGGCGAUCUGCUGAGGAUCGCCAGCAACUUAAACGAUUGCAAGGACAAGUCAACACAACAUUCCAUGAAGGAUCACGUGAGAAUGGCAGCGGAAACAAUCAACUGGACGUUAAACUUCACAUACAAAACGCCAUAAUCAAUCUGAAGUAUGGCACCACAGCUGAGAAAGAACAUCAGCGGCUCAUGCACCAUGCAAAACUACAAGCCGUUAGAAAAGCUUGGCAUCGCGAAAAAGAGCUUCUGCGAGUAGGACUUAUCAGUAGUUACGACUGGACGCAGCAAGAAACGGACGAUAUAAUCAAAAAUGGUUACGCUAAUCUCUACGAAGGCGAAUACAUUCAUGACAUCGUCCAGUACCCUGAGCUGCUGGAGGAUCCUUUCAAUAUAAGGUUUGUAAAAAAGAAAACAAACCAAUCGCGAAAAAGGAAACGAAGAGAGAUUUCACCCGAAAGUAAUUUAUCUGCCAUUCUAUGUAUUGACAAGAAUUGUUAGCAAACAUCAAAUUGUGGAACUUAGACCUCGUUGAACAUUCUUAACAUAGGAUAAGGCUAGUAGGUAAAGUAUACUGGAAAUGAUUGUAUAACCAACAAGAGUUUUGAAGAAGAAAAGUCAUACAGAGGAGCGAUAUUCAUCCCAAUUUUAUUCUUUCUCUACGAAACACGUUUUGCGAUCAAAUAACGGUUUUGAAUACCAAGUGAAAGUUGCAAGCUAACUUUGACAUAAUGGAUAAACUGAAAAUGCACGAUUUUAAUUCGUUUAUUUAGCUCUGAACACCGCAAAUGGAGCCGAGGUGCAAAUCUUGAAUGAUUAUUCGCGAGUAAUUUCGUUCAUUAUUAGUUCGUCGACUUCAGUUUCAUUUCGACUAGGUUUACCUUUACUUUGCUAGUCUUUUCUUCUUCUUCUUCAUUGGCAUUACAUCCCCACUGGGACAUUGCCGCCUCGCAGCUAGACCCGCACCGGGAAUCAAACCCAGCCUCCCUCAGCAUGGUCUAGUACCGCACGGCUUUGCUAGUUUAUGAUCCAGAGUAUGCUUGCAGUACCAGUUUUUUUAUAGUUACGAUAAAAACGAUAAAAACAAAACCAAACGAGACGUUGAAAUUUGUUUCCACAACCACUACUUCCAAGCAGUGUUGGUAAAAUAUCUCAAUCACAAAUCUAUGUCCUGUGUACGAACAAAUUCGUUUGAGAUUUCACAAGAAGAAACGUCGCGCUAGAGUAUUUUUUUAUAUAUAAUACCGCAUAGUUUCACUUAUUUGAGAAAAAUCAAUUCGCCUCGAAAGUCGUUCAAAAUCAAUCGGGGUUAAAUUUGUUUUCAGAUGCAAGAAUAUCCUUUGUGCUAUGUAGCGUUUCCUAAUUAUAAACCACAAAAAAACAUGUGAUUCGCACUUAAUUUAAAUCUUCCAUGAGUUCUGACAUCCAAAGAUCAAAUUCGAAUCCAAAUACUAUGAUGUACUCCAAAUCAGCCGAGCUGCCCAAUUCUGAUGGUACAGUUGGGAUAUCUUUCUUGCCUUCGCCUUCGUUUUUGUUCAAAUAUUAGGUCCAAAUGGAUUUUACCCAAUAAGCAUCCGGUCACGCGAGCACUGACCCUGAAGUGAUGACUCCUGGGCAUCUAAUUAUUGACAGACCCUUAACAGCCAUUCCUAUUCCAAUAUCUGAGAUAGCAUUUUUGGAAAAGCUGGUCUCAUGAGUAUUUGGCAGAGCUUUAGUUCAAGGCAAAGUGGACUAAACAGGUAAAAGUGGCUAUUAGUAUUGUCGUCCUCUUGAAGGAAGAUGAAAUCAACUCAACAGUGGUCGAGUUGUUCAAACCUACCAGGGUAUUUUGUUGUUUUAACUAUCUUUUUCAAAGAAAAUUAAAUCAAAACAGCAAUUUAGCGUUACGUGUUUGGUAUACUACGCUUCAGCCAUCAUCAGACGCUAUUAGCUGGCAACCUUCCAGAUGUUAAGUCAGGCAAACGGGUUUGACGGCUUAGUUCGCGUUGUGGACAUUUGCGUUGGUGAACAUGUCUACAAAAGACCGAUCCACAAACUUGUACUACUAGCAGUCCGGACACGGCACACGACAAGGUCAACGAAACUACUUCCAUUCUGCCGAAAGAGUGUGUUCAGUUCCUCGUCAGCAUACAUCGCCAUAAGCAAACACACAAACUAUCAUAAGCCACUCCCCCAAGUGGUAUUUUGCGUUCGGCAAGUCAGACAGCGCGAGUAUAAAAUAGAGCUUCAUCGCGUGUUUCUUGUUACUUCGUUUUGGUCCAUCGUACGUGAACAUCAUAAGAAGAAGAGAAGAAAACUAAAUUUCAAAACAAAAAUCAUUUGCUUAGCAUAACUUGCGGCACUUGUAAGGCAUUUCACUAGUGGCGGCAGUUGCAUAUUCCGCCAGAGUGGAAUAUUAGCGACUCAAUUAACAGCAGAUUUUACAGUUACUGCUUUGGGACGCAAUAUACACCCAGGUUUUGUUUUACGCGGUUGGAGUUCAUUAAUUUCUCGGUUAACUCGAACUUUUAGAGCUUUUUAAAUACAACCUGAUUUUUCUUUGAUUUUUUAUGAAUUUUUUCAUGGGGUUAACUCAUUGUUUCAUUGACGCUGAAGGUCUUAAACGACCAUAACCAACCCGUGUAAAAAAAACCUGGGUGUACUUCGAUUUGCCCAUAUGGAAAAAUAUAUAGAAUUUUCAAAAAAAAAAUUAGGAAAGUGCAGUAAUGAAAAAUGUGCAUCAGUAGAUGGUUGGGAAUAAUUGCUUUUAGGUUAAUAAACAUAAUUGGAACAUGCUUAGUUGCUUUACUAUUGGAUAUUUGACUAUGGAAGUUUAUUUGAACUAAUGUUUCGAGCAUAUUACCCGAAAUGCGAAGGUAUACCGAACAUAAAGUAGAUGCCAGAAGGAAUAAAGUAGGGAAAUGAUAAGAGUUUCAAAGGUAAUUGUAUCCCUCUUGUUUCAAAAUGCAUUUCAUUCGUAAUGUAUCCUUUCCUACAUAGCCAAAUCCUAUCAAUUAAACAUAAAACUCCGUAAGUCAAAAGUGCUUGAUAUCUAGCACAACUAUACACAUAAACACAAAAAGGUGAUUCGAGCUUUUGAGACUGUCGUCACGAGUUGUAGACAAAACAUUAGAAUUUAAGAGUAAUGAAACAAUAAAUGAGAAGUCACGGAUGCAUAAACAGAAACAGAUAUUUACCGAGAAAUGUAGAAAUCAGAAAGCGGAAAACCCACAAAAUAGAGGAAAUAUUUAGCAAAAAAAUGUGAAAUCAUUCAUAUACCUAACAAACAAAAAUCCACUCAUACAAAACAAACAUUUGAUGCAAUUAAUGUUGUAUAAAUUAAUUGAACUGAACCAAAAAAUUCAAUUACAGUAAAAGAAGUUCAUUGAACAGUUUUACAUUAGAGUAUGUCUUUCAGAAUUUAAAUUUUCCUUUGUUCUUAUCGUACUCCAAUGACUGCAAUCUCACAGAUGACAAAUUUUACCUUAUCUCAAAUAUUGCGACAAUGAUUGCACGGUGUCUUGAACCAAUUGAAGCUCAUUGAAAAAACAUGAGUGUCUCCGAAAUUCUCUCUACGCAAAAGUAUAGGUUUUCCCUAUCACGUAAGUCCAAUUAUAAAAUACAUAUUCUAUCGGGAUCAUUGUUUCAUACGUUUGGAGGAGUCCACUUGGCCAAAAUUCAAGAUUUCCAUGGAGGUUCUAAGUCUAUUGAUAGAUCAUUUUUGUUCACCCAUGGCAUGAAGAAGGAGAACAUAUGUUGUGUCGUGAUGUGGUUUUCAGAGAUACUGAUGUUGUUUUAUAAUAUUGUAACAUGGAGACACCGUGAAUGACUAACUAUUGGCAAGCCAGAUGAAUGUUGAGACGAGACUGGCGCCAUUUUUAAUUAUUCAGUGCAACGCCUUGCCCUCUUACUCUCUGUCUUCUUCUUCUUAUUAGCAUUACAUCCCCACACUGGGACAUUGCCGCCUCGCAGCUUAGUGUUCAUUAAGCACUUCCUCAGUUAUUAGCUGCGAGGUUUCUAAGCCAGUUUACCAUUUUUGCAUUCGUAUAUCAUUAGGGCUAGCACAAUGAUAUUUUUAUGCCCAGGGAAGUCGCGACAAUUUCCAAUCCGAAAAAUGCCUAGACCGGCACCGGGAAUCGAACCCAGCCUCCCUCAGCAUGGUCUUGCUUUGUAGCCGCGCGUCUUACCGCACGACUAAGGAGGGUCCCAAUGUACUCUCUGUACAUUGAUGUUAAUUGCUAAGUCCAACACACAAUUAUUAAUACCCCGUGCAAUUUGGAUUGUUGUUCAAUCACGGAGUAACAACUAUAAAUAUACGGCCAUCCAGUUAAAAAAAAAGAUAUAGAUCCCCCAGCGCCGGACACCUUCCAAUACCGGACACUUCUCAAAACGACACUUGCAGAGGUCCCUUCGCCAUUAUAUGUAGUACAAAAGAAAGCUAUUGAAAAGUCUUUUACCUACAUGGAAUAUCUGAUCCUCAUGUUGUAAACUUUGUGCAAAAUUUUAAAUUAAACAAAAACGCUCAACAUUUUGAUGUUUCGCCUUACUUUAGAAGGUUCAAAUCAUUCGAAUUCAUUCUGAUUAUGCAGAGAUGGUUAAUAUUAGGCAUAUUUUAAUUAACGAUCACGAUUUGAUUCAUAUAUAAUGAUACGGUGCUGCAAAAUCAAUUUCUAUAUCCUGUAGCUGACUCCCAGGUCAGGAUAUUUCAUGUAAGCAAUUAGCCAAUUUUUCAUGUAAGCAAUUAGCCAAGCCAUUGUUCAAAUGUUUUGUUGAACGCACUUUAAUUCAAUUAUUUCUUCUUGCUAAGGCUUGAUGCCAAAAAAACCAAAAAGAAAUAAGUAGAAACAAAAAUUGAAGAUUACAUUGAAAAAGGUGGAAAUUUGGGGUAGGAUGUAAAAAAUGUAAUCGAGGUUCAUAUAAACUCUACUAACAUAUUUUAUUAUAAAGCAAGUAAAAAAUAUCUCCUUCCUAAAUGAUGCCUUUACUCAUGAAACAGGAAUUUGAUCAUAUUUGAACAUGAUGCAAUAGUGUCCGGUACUAGGGGACCCUUUUAUGUACCGUGGCAUUUUUCACCCAAAUUCAUCAUCCAAAUCGUUGAAAAACGUGUUCAAAUGAUCACAUAUAAUUUGUAUGAAUCAUCAAUGAUCAAAUCUUGUGUAUUUGGUAUACAUGUAAACAUACUCCAGAUAGCCAGAAAAUAUUUCGAUAAAUGGCUCAUGCGGCCGGUGCUGGGGGAUCUCCCCCUAUACAUUUGUUUUGAGAAGAUUUUACAAGUCGUAGAGUAUUUCAAAAUAACCGAGUAUUUUAUUCCCCCGAUGCGUGUUGCAUUUUAAAAUUCAAAGUUUUGACAAAUGAGACAGACCCUAAGAUUCCUGGAAAAAUCCUCAUUGCAAGUCUCGGCUUAGCUUAUUUAAUGACAGUACCCAAUCAAUAAAACUUAUGUCACCGAAUGAGAUCAAUGUGAGAACACAAAACCGCUAGUACGGCAUCUGUACAUGCAUUGAUUAACUCUUAUUUGUCUUGAUAAAUAAACCACAUUGUCAUAAUUUUGUCGUUCAACUUGAUCAUAAAUGAAUCAUUUGAAUUUCCUAAAUAAUAUAUUUUAAAACAACUUUCCUCCUUCAAGAAAUUCCAUCCAUUUUUGCUAAUUGAAUUUCAGGUUCAGUUUAUUUUUUGAAUAUCCGCAUAUUAUAUACUAGGUUAUAGCCUCAAUAGAUUCUAGAUGGUUGCCAAAAAUGAAUACCGUGUAUGUAUAUGGAUUAUUAGAAACAAAAUAAAAGGGUUCGACCAAAAUUUAACGAAAACCGCUAUGAAUUGUACCAUACUCUCACGAAUGUUUUAAUGAACGAUACGGUGAAAUAGGGUCGCAUAGGAAAAAUCAAAUUGUAAAUCAUAAACAAAACACAUUUUGAAAAUGUAAAGAUGUACAUAGCUUAUAGUGUAAGUAUCGUGAUAUUCCAUUGAAUGUAAAUAUAAUAAAAGAGUAAAAUGAUUUGAUGAUUAUAUGUCAUCAUAUUGUUAAUGUAUACAUCAUAUGAUAUAUAGUUUAGUAAUAAUACAACGUCAAAAAUAAAAACAAAAAAAAGCGAAAAAUCAUGUAAAAUAUAGUAGCAGAAAAAUAAAGAUUUUUAUAUUAAAUGGACGCUGAACUUUACAAAGCGUGGUCGUGGAACAAAAAUAUUCCGAUACACUCUGAGAUCCGAAAAUAUGAGAAAAAAGUUCAUAAGCUUUACAAGGUAACUGAAGCCGUUUUAAUCGUAUAUGAAUUCUCGCAACAAACCCUACACAAGAAACAAUAUACUUCUAACCUACUAUUAUUUUGUUGCUAUACACAAAGUAUUUUAGAGCGGUGUCGCUAUCGAGUAUAUUUUAAAUAAAAUAUAAUUACGUUAGGUAAAGCAUCGGUGCUAAUAAAGUAUGCCAAAAUAAAAUGAUUUCACUGAUCAAUGCAGUAUGUAUCUUCAAUGAAUCACUUUUAAAAUAUGGUGAUAGAACCAAACUUUUUGAAAUAGCGUAACGUCUGAGCAUUUGUCUAAUAAGGGCGGAUGCAGAAGCAUAACGCCAAUGGGCUUUCAAAAAUUUUAAUUAUCUAACGAGCAACGCAUAUGUGAGUGCAUAAUCAACUAAGUCUGAUUAAAUUAUGUUUUAAUAUUUUGCUACAGUAUUUAUUAAAAAUUCGGAUUAAUUGCUGAGAUAUAUAAAGCAGUGUAAAAAGGCCACAUGUAUUGUUGAAUUUUAUGUUCGCUUUUUAUGAACUUUCACAAUACGUUUGAAGAUAAUAAUUUCUAUUUUAAACAAUUUUUCAGUUCUAUGGAAAUAUAACAUUUUAACGUUCGUUCUAACACAGUAGAUACGAGUGUAUUCAGACAACAGAAUUGCAAAUACAGAUCGUCCGAAAUACAAUGUCCAUGUUUAUACACAACGGAAAAUGAUUCGAUGGAAUAAAAAAAACUAUCUGAAUGAUUCGAGAAUAGUAGACAAGAGUGGUAAGGAAUUCUAAAAAUACGAGUUCGACUUGCAGAGAAAAAUUCGAAUUUAAGAUCUGACAGUUUUAGAAAUAUCCAAUAAAACAAAACUGCACAUGUGCGGAAAUUAUUUUGGCAUCAUUUUUAACAAGCAAGUAAUAAUAAUUAUAAAGAUAAAUUGAUGGUGGGUGAUGAACGAUAAGGCAUGUUUGAUUACAAAUCAAUUGUUGUAUGUAUGUAUAUAUAUUUAGUGAUACUCAAAUAUAGAAGAAAACAUUUGUAAUAAAA